AUGGAUAAUGUUUUUUUUAAAGUUUGGAGAAAUAAGGUAAUAAGAAAAAUAAUUUUAUACCACACUAAAUUAUAUAAACAAAAUCGAUUGAUAUCAAUUGAAUAUAUUGAUAAAUUAAGAAAUUUCCCACAUAGAAACUAUAUAUUAGAGUUAAUUGUUAAAACUUCGUCGGGUGAUGCUUUAAAAGUUGGAGAUAUACCAGCAUCAGUUCAAAAAAUUAGUUUUCAAACAUAUUUUUAUCAAGAGAUAGAUAUAGGUUUUUUCCCAAAUGGAUUGAAAUCAUUAGAUUUUGGGAAAUGGUUUAAUAAAGAUUUAAGUGGUGGUAGAUUACCACCAUUGUUAGAAACUCUCAAGUUGGGUCGUUCUUUUAAUCAAAAGUUUUCACAUGGCGAUCUUCCAGAUUCACUUACAGAUAUUCGUUUUUCAUUUUCAUAUAGCUUCAAUCUAGGUGGCGGAAUAAUACCAAGAAGAGUAAAGAAAUUAAGUUUGCCUUCAUAUAGAUUUAAAAUAGAAAAGGACGAUAUUCCAGAGACAGUUCAGAAGUUAUGGUUGGGAGGAUGCCAACAAAUACAACCAAAUACUUUACCUUCAAAUCUUCAGUUUUUAUCAUGUAAAGUAGACUUUGUACCUGAUGCAUUACCUUUGUCUUUAAAGGUAUUAAAAAUUAAAAAUUCUUGCCAGCUUCCAAAGUUAAAUAAAGGCGAUAUUCCUCCAUUGGUAGAAGAGCUAAAAAUAGGUGGCAUUUCGGAACCAUUAGAGCCCGGUGUCCUUCCUCCAAGCAUUACUAAACUCACAUUCACCUCUAGUUCUUUGUUUACAAAAGGUACUCUUCCACCAUUUUUAAAGGAGCUGGUGUUUGAUUACUACAACGAACCAAUAUCAAAAGAUUGCUUACCAACUUCAUUAGAAAUCCUCUCAUUUGGUGAUGUUUUUGAUCAACCACUCAAUUUCAUUCCAAAUAAUUUAAAGAAAUUAACUUUAGGAUUCUUUUAUAAUCAAAAUAUCAAUGUAGGUGAUCUUCCUUCAUCGCUGACCAGUCUCACAUUAAACGGUUAUUAUAAUCCAGAUACAAUGCAUAUUCCCGACUCUGUGACAGAAUUAAUUGAGAAUUAUUAA